UUAAAUGAAAUAAAAAACAUUAGUAAUGUAUUAUAAGGUUCACCAUAUUUUUGGAACUGAGAAGAUUAGCUGCGGCAAAUCCUGUAAUGGUCUCAUCAAUACGAGGAAUCUAGUUAAAACAGGAAAGAUGUCCGCGUUGCACCUUGCUCCGUAAAAAUGGCGAGAGCUGCUGUGUAGUCAUUCUGAUGGAUGAUAUUUUUAAAUGCAACAGCAUUCUGUUACGAGUAUUAGCCAUGGUUCGUUCUUUUUCUAUUAAUCCAAUCCAAAGCAGCCGAAAUAGCUUUUCAAUGCAUACUUGUAAAUUGAUUAGCCGAGUCCUGCAGCCGGAUAUCGGAAUUUUCGAACAUAAUCAGCUUAUGCUUAAUUACAUACUGGUUUACUCUGUGGUUCCAGAGUAUAAUGAAAUGUGAUCACCAAGCUGCACUAGCACUUUCGGCUUAUGCUAAUGCGGUAAGACUGUGCGAGUGUGCAGUUUCUUAUUUUCUGCUUGAUUGCUAGUUGCUACUGUUAGCACCAGGCAUUACACCGGAGCUGUUGUUUUCUCUGGUCUUCUUCAAGUGCUUACAAAUUAUACGAGCGUCACGACGUUAGGAGGAUUUUAUUGGAACAUCAUCGAAUCCACUGCGCACAUCGUGGUUCGUUGCGUUAUACUUUGCUUGCCCAUACAGGACACAUCAUGCUGAGGCUGCUGAGCAGAACGAGCCAUGGCACCAGCGUGGAGGUUCUGGGCGCCGACGGGAUGAUGCGGUACGCGCGCGUUGUGGACCUGGCGGACGAUGGUCUCUUCGUGGACAUGCUCUGCCCCAACCGACGUCGGGAACACGUUCCGUACAACAGCGUCUUCCGGCUAAAUAACACACCCGUGGAUAAAUACAAUGUACACUACAACGGAUAUCGUUCGGCCCUUUCCGUGGAAGUCCAGGUACCAGAGACGCCGUUGGGACCGUGGAUUUGGUUGUCCGGGGAAACGGACCGUUUCGAACGCCAUGCGGCGCACGAGCAGUACGCGGGGUCUGUAGUCCAUUGGCGACGGAAGGAGGACGGAGUGCUGUGUUCAGAUUUCGUUCCAAUCGGACGCCUUCGCAUACCAGUGGACAAAACUCUUCUUCUGCGUCGGAUGAUGAGGAACAAGCGUUCUGCAGAUGACGAUGAUGCUGUACCAUCAGAUCAUAUUCGUCCGGGGACAUUCGUCCAGCGCACUGUCAAGCUGGAUGACGAAUUUUCUUACAUUUCAGCCCACAAAGCUGAAGCGCUGGUCAAACGACUGAAUUCCUGCGAAUAUGUUGCAGAGCUUUCAUCUGGUAGUGGCUAUGCUAAUGGUAUUCACUUCUUGGACCUCGUGCAUGGUCAACUACGAUACGUGUCCCAAGAAAAGACAAAGCUCACUCUUUGGUAUCUCUUCUCGAUCCUGACGGAUAUUUGGCCACGGGAGUCCGCGACAAUCACCGAAGAAUUGGCGCUGCCAGGGGAAUUGUGGCUGGAAGUGUUUUCGUCCUUGGACACGGUGACGCAGACGAAGUUGCGCGCGGUCUGCGCAGUGUGGAACGCCCUGUUAAACGCACCAGCGCUGCGGCGCCGAAUUCUGGUCGGGGAUUACGAUGACAAGAGCUGGGAGUUCUUAAACUUGGCAACGCUGUAUAAAUGCUUGCAUCCAGGCACUCGACACAUUGCGAUAGACGCUCGAAACAGGCAGAUGAAUAUGGGAGACAUGAUGGAGCUGUGCGAUAUGAUCCGCUACGUGGCGGACCAGCGAACCAGAAUCCGGCUGCUCACUCUGCAGUUGAGCAAGCUAACGUUUCCCUUGCAGAUCGGCCACGUCGUGAAUGGUACAGUCGCUGGUGACUGUCGCCAGCAUCCGCGGGAUCCAUCAGACACCUGGACGGAUCCGGAAUACAGUUGUGGUCGCCUGUCGCAUUUUAUUGCGGUCUGCAGCAGUCUGCCGUGUGAUACCGUCGUCAUGACCAACUGCGUGAUGUCUUGGGACUACUGGGUUCUCGUUUGGAUGGAAAUCCCUUUGACGCGACUGCCAGUAAAUCAGUUUCGCUGCGCAUUGUGUGACGCAUUAGAUGCGGUGAUGCCGGUACCGAGUGCGAUGAAGGUUCAGGCAUUGAACGACCAGAAGCUAUACCGGUUGCCAUACCGUUGCAAUAAAGAGAUACUGUGUGCAACACAGUCAGCUGAUCCACGCCCAUCGGCACACUUUCGGGGGAAGAAGUGGUGCGUGGACGGUCUGCGGGAUUUGCAGUUGGAGAAGCUGUCGCGGAUUUCCCUGAAUUUUCUGGUUGAACUGGUGGGAAACAAGCGAAUUUGGUUUGCUGAUUAGCCUGAUGAAUGUCAACGGAGGUUCGAGAAGCGUCCGUGCUUGCUGUGUACGGCAGCGUCAGUCCUUUCACUCUUUGCGUUUAUCAUUACUUUCGCCAGCGGUGUGAGCUUGUUUUUGGGAGCAGAAUUAUGUUAUCAUCGCAAAAUUCGCUGUACCCUUUCGUGGUACUAUAAUUGGGUUAAUACAUUGGCCAUUCAUGUAAUGACAUUCGUACUCGAAAAGGCACGAUAGAGUCGGCGCAAGGGAAAAUGUAUGGCGUGUUUCUAAAUGUUCAGACGUCUGCAACGUAGUAACGCACUGCGAUCGCCAAAUUGGAGUAAAGUUAAUGUUUAUUUGGAUAGUAUUUAAUGGCAUCAAGACAUUUUUGGUGGACGAGCCAGACGAGUGGACACUUACGCCAAACGUACACGAUACGAUGGACAUACCGUAUUUUUCGAAUUAGAAGCCCUGGGCUUCUAAAUUUUCAAAGGUGCCUGGGGAGAGGCUUAUA